GAUCAUUCAAUGUCACGUCGAACAGAUGUCUCUACAUCGGGGACGACUUUUCCCGUAGACACACCCGAAGUUCAAGCAAUUGGUAGUCAGAACCGAACGAAGGGAUUGGAUGUUCGCGAGGCUUCGAAGAAACUAUAAAAGCUAGCGAAAUCCGUGUUGAAAAGCAUCAAUUCGUUCUUCGUUCUAUCUUCAGCUUCUUUCAAGUUUAGGCCAGGUUGCCCUACAAGCCUCUUUCGUUCAUUCAUUCACAGUCCUUUACGGAGUUUUUUCUACUUCACGUCGACUACUAGAUACUAUCUCGCAACCUACUCUUUACUACGAGCCUUACUUUGACAGUCAUGUUUGCCAAGAUCGCCCUUCCUCUGCUCACCCUUUCCGCUUUGGUUGGCAAUGCUCUCGCUGCCCCCUUCAACCCCAAGACUCAGAGCCUGGCUCGUCGUUACACCUCUUUUGAUAACUGGGGAGGUCUUUCGUCCUUCUCGGGCUUUGAUAACUUUUAUGGCGUUGAUAACUUCUCUGGAGAAGUCAGCGACCAGGUCGUAGUUGAACAACAAGAGGAGGUUGUCUGUCAGGCUGUGAGCAUCGAGGUUGUUCAGCAAAAGCUUCUUGUACUUCAAGAGAUGGCCAAACAGAUCAUCUCUGAGCAGGUCUGCGAAGUUGAGACCCAGACUGUUGUCUUUCAACAAUUCCUUUCCUCCUGCAGCCACUUCACCUCCGAUUUGCAUCGCACUUCAGGCCAUGAAGUCGGGUAUGACUCUUCCAUUGUCAGUCACUACGGAGACCUCUACAAUGCUGACGGAUCUCUCUCCACUUAUGAUCUUGGCUUCUCUGGAAGUGAUGUUGGCAAGAGCGUGGUGGUUCCCAGUGGAAGUAAUUGGAAUAGCGCGACUUCCCCUGCUUCGGUUGGUAAUGCUUUCAACGCCGCCAUUAGUGCUGCCAGCAGCUCCUAAGCGGGCCUCUUCGCACUGGAUAUUUCCGAUCAGCCAAGUCGGAAAAUUCAUUC